GGUGUCCCCCGUACGCUCCUGUUUAGCCUUCCCGCUUCUGCGCAGCUCGAUCCGGCCGAAGCUACCCAGCCUGCCCCCUGUGUCUAUUUGCCUCUUGUGAGCAGCAUGUCUGAUUACGGCGGUCUGCCGACUAACGGAGUCGGUGCUGGGAUGAAAAACGACGCUUUUGCUGAUGCAGUACAACGAGCCAGACAGAUUGCAGCUAAAAUUGGUGGAGACGGUGUUCCUUCAGUGAGCAACAACGGAGGAACUGAGAACUAUCCAUUCACAUCACAGAAACGAUCCCUGGAAGAAGCAGAUGAACCCGAUGCCAAGAAGGUAGCAUCACAGGGUGAAAUUGAUUCUGCAUUGUCUAUUGGAGCUCAGCUGGCUGCCCUGUCCCAACAAAGUGUCCGGUCCUCCACAAUGACAGAAGAGUUCAGAGUGCCUGAUGGGAUGGUGGGGCUCAUCAUCGGCCGAGGGGGCGAACAGAUUAACAAAAUACAGCAGGAUUCUGGCUGCAAGGUCCAGAUCGCGCACGACAGUGCCGGUCUUCCAGAUAGAAGUGUUUCUCUGACGGGGUCUCCAGAUGCCAUACAGAGAGCCAAGGCCCUCAUAGAUGACAUUGUGUCGAGGGGUCAUGAGGGUGCGACCAAUGGGCAGUCGGGAGGAGGAGGAGGAGGAGGUGGUGGUGGUGGUGGAGGAGGAGGUGGUGGUGGUGGAGGAGGAGGAGGAGGAGGGGGAGGUUCCAUGCAGGAGAUGAUCAUCCCUGCAGGCAAGGCCGGCCUCAUCAUCGGUAAAGGAGGAGAGACCAUCAAACAGCUUCAGGAGCGGGCUGGAGUUAAGAUGAUUCUUAUUCAAGACGGAUCCCAGCCACCCAACAUAGAUAAGCCCCUGCGCAUCAUUGGAGACCCCUACAAAGUGCAGCAAGCAAAGGACAUGGUGAAUGAGAUUCUACGAGAGAGGGAUAAUGCCGGAUUUGGAGACCGGAGCGAAUUUGGAUCAAGGAUGGGAGGAGGAGGUGGUGGUGGAGGAGGAGGUGGUGGUGGUGGAGGAGGAGGAGGAGGAGGCGGCAUCGGCAGCGGCGGUGGUGGCAUUGAUAUAGCUGUGCCCCGCCACUCUGUGGGAGUUGUAAUUGGCCGAAGUGGGGAGAUGAUCAAGAAGAUCCAGAGCGAUGCUGGAGUGAAGAUUCAGUUUAAACCAGAUGAUGGAACCGGUUCUGAUAAAAUAGCCCAUAUUAUGGGUCCACCAGACCAGUGUCAGCAUGCUGCAUCGAUCAUCACUGAACUGCUACAGAGCAUCCGUGCGCGAGAGGAGGGCGGGCAGGGGGGCCCCCCCGGUGAAGGGAUGCCAUCCGGUGGGCGGGGACGAGGCAGAGCCCAGGGCAACUGGGGCCCUCCGGGAGGAGAGAUGACCUUCUCCAUUCCUGCGCACAAAUGUGGGCUUGUCAUUGGCAGAGGAGGAGAGAAUGUGAAGUCCAUCAACCAACAGACCGGUGCGUUUGUGGAGAUCUCUCGUCAGCCGCCACCAAACGGUGACCCCAACUUCAAACUGUUUAUCAUCCGAGGGUCCCCACAACAGAUUGACCAUGCCAAGCAGCUUAUAGAAGAGAAGAUUGAGGCUCCAUUGUGUCCUGUGGGCGGUGGUCCUGGUGGUCCUGGUGGUCCAGGUGGCCCGGGAGGCCCAGGUGGUCCUAUGGGUCACUUUAAUCCAAACCCUUAUAAUGCAGGGCCUCCAGGUGGUGCUCCACAUGGAGCCGCACCUGGUGGAGCCCAGUACUGUCCACAGGGUUGGGGAGGUAACUACCAGCAGUGGCAAGCCCCUGGUCAACAUGACCCCAAUAAGGCAGCAGCAGAUCCUAACGCAGCAUGGGCAGCAUACUAUGCACAAUAUUAUGGCCAACAGCCAGGGGGUGCCAUGGCAGGCCAGAGCCCAGGAGCCCCUGCUGCAGCAGCACCAGGGGACCAGGGCCAGGGACAGCAGGCUUCUGGUGGCCAGCCAGACUAUACUAAAGCCUGGGAGGAGUACUACAAGAAGAUGGGCAUGACCCAGCCAGCUGGAGGGGCUGCAGCUGCUCCGGGCCCGGCAGCAGCGGCGGCGGCGGCGGCAGCAGCAGCAGGCGGGGGUGCAGCUGGAGGCCAGCAGGAUUACAGUGCAGCCUGGGCCGAGUACUACAGACAGCAGGCUGCCUACUAUGGACAGCCAGGGCAGGGGCCUGGACAGGGCGGUGCUCCACAGCAGGGACAACAGACCCAGUAAAACGAUUGGCUCAGCCUGUUUGAAGGUUGUGAUGGCCCUCUGGACUUGUUCGUCUUUUCUAUCAAGAGAUUUUCUUUUGGCUUUGACAAGACAAGACCAUUCUCAUCCAGCCAGACAUUUUCUAUUCCAAUCUACUUGUUUUUUUAAAGUCAAAAUUGAAGAGAAAAGGGAUCACAUUUUGCCCAUGCAUUGAACAAAGCACUAAAUAACUACUUGGGUUGCUAUUCAGUUUGCCCCUUCACCUCACCCACACCUUGUAAUAAUUUUGCUCAUUUAAAAAAAAUAGUGAAAUGUGAUAAGCAUCUUUGUUUGCAAGCUAGCACAACAGCGUCCUGACACUGACUCACGUUUAAGUAGUUUUUCCCCUACAAUUUCCUGAGGGUAAAAAAAAAAAACGUUCUAGCAGUAUUUUGAAUAUAUUCAGAAAUUAUGUUUGUAAGAAAAAUUAAACCAUUUUUUUCUUUCUUCUUGG